AUCAUGGGAAAAACUUGAAUGAUUUUUUUCAUUACUUGGGCCACCCUGUUUCUGAAUGUUGAUUCAUCUUUCCAUGUGUAUCAUACAAACUGUCAUUCCAUGCCUCCACGGAUUAACUCCCAGAAUAUUCAAGGAUAAUUUUACAUGAUAAAUAACUAGAACUCAUCAUCUUGGAAGAACAAAAAUAUGCUGGAUGUGAAAACAAUAAUUCCAAAACUACAAAAAGAGAGCCAUGUUUUCUUCCAGGCAUACGUCUAGCUCAGCUGCUGGAACUUGGUAUCUCCCUCUCAUUUAGGGACUUCGUUGGCUUUCUCAUCCUUUAGUUCUUUCUCACUAAAGAGAAUAGAGAUCCUUAAGUACUGGUAAACUUCUUUGCUGCUGGAUUGAGAUUACAUUUGUGAUGGCUUCACGUGUUGCUGCAGGUAUGCCUGACUAUCAUUAGCCACCGUCUCUUCAUCUAUUCCAUGCAUAGUAUGUGAUUCUGACAAGCCAUCAUCCCAUUGAUGAGGCAGGAACAAGGAAGGACGAUUUGCCUCUUUAAUUUGCCAGUCAAGGAGGACCAUCUUUGUUGCAGUCAUCAUAUCUGGUUCACCACCCUAGAGAUUGACCAUUCAUAGAAGCAUAUACAUUUGCCAGUCAAGGAGGACCAUCUUUGUUGCAGUCAUCAUAUCUGGUUCACCACCCUAGAGAUUGACCAUUCAUAGAAGCAUAUACUUCAGUAAGAAUUUACAAUUGAAAAGGCAACACAGAUAGGGAUCCACGUAAGGAAAGCUAGUUACAAAAUGUUGCAGAAAUUCAUUUAAAAUUACAAAUAUAUGAUAACAAUGGAAAGCUAGUUACAAAACCACAGAGUAGCUUACCAGUCCUUCAUCUAGCAUGCUUCUUCAAGGUGCUUGUUCUUUGCACACUUCAGAACUUCUCCAAUAUGUUCAGAAGCAUCCUCCAAGUUUGUGACACGUAACUGGAAGAGGGCCAAAGUAAUCUACAUUCAAAUAGCUAGUAGAUUUCUGAGAUAAAUAACCUAGUAGAUUGAUAGACUGGUAGAAUAUACAGUUGUUACUAACUGUCAUUCACCUUGUUUGUCCUUUGAACAAGUCAAAGUUAAGUCUUGGUCUAGGCGGAUAAUAUUUCUCUUACAUGCCCAUGUUUGGAAAACCAAACUAAAGAUAAAAAUGUUGAAUUUGUAAAAUGAAUGCUUUAACAUUUGUCCACACAGGUUAUAACAGCAUUUGUAAUUAUUUGAAUAGUUCUAAGAGUCUAAAGUAGUGGAUGUGCAAGCAUUAACUUAUAUGGUGUUCUAAUAUAUAUUCUCACAUGAAAUAUUAACUCUUGCAGGCAUUUUAGUAUUUAUUGUACACAUUGGAACUGAUAAUGCUAAAUAUUGUGCAGUAUGAUACACAAAAGAUCCUUAAUUUUUCAGCUCUCUUAAGGCUAUGGCAAUAAAAAGCUUUCUUUAGGUUUGUUUAUAUAUAAAUUAUCACUAGAAAUUCCACAGGAUUUCCUUUUCUCCAAGGAAUUAGGUACUCAGUUCUUGCUGUAGUUGCUCUGAGAAAUAACAAUAAAUUAAACAUACCAUU